AUGCCAGACAUGUCCAAUGCCAUAGUGGCACAAGAUGAAAUGGGGAGACCUUUCAUUAUUGUUAGAGAUCAAGGCAAUAAAAAAAGAGUUCAUGGUAUAGAAGCCAAAAAGACACAUAUCUUAGCAGCUAGAUCAGUUGCUUCCAUUAUAAAGACAUCAUUGGGUCCAAGAGGGUUGGAUAAGAUCUUGAUUAGUCCAGAUGGUGAAAUAACAAUUACUAAUGAUGGUGCUACAAUUUUAUCACAAAUGGAACUUGAUAAUGAAAUUGCCAAAUUAUUAGUUGAAUUAUCUAAAUCCCAAGAUGAUGAAAUUGGUGAUGGUACUACUGGUGUUGUUGUCUUGGCUGGUGCUCUAUUAGAUCAAGCUUUAGAAUUGAUUGACAAAGGUAUCCAUCCAAUUAAAAUUGCUAAUGGGUUCGAUGAAGCUUGUAAAGUUGCAAUCGAUCAAUUGGAUAAAGUUUCAGAUGAUAUAGAAAGUAAUACUGAAAUACUAUUAAGAGCUGCUAAAACUUCUUUAGGUUCCAAGAUUGUUUCAAAAGCUCAUGAUCAAUUUGCUAAAAUGGCUGUUGAUGCUGUUUUAUCUGUUGCUGAUAAAGAAAGAAAAGAUGUUGAUUUUGAAUUAAUUAAAGUUGAAGGUAAAGUUGGUGGUUCAUUAGAAGAUUCAAAACUGAUUAAAGGUGUUAUUUUAGAUAAAGAUUUUUCACAUCCUCAAAUGCCAAAAAGAAUUGAAGAUGUUAAACUAGCUAUAUUAACAUGUCCAUUUGAACCUCCAAAACCUAAAACUAAACAUAAAUUGGAUAUUUCAUCAGUGGAAGAAUUCAAAAACUUGCAAGAUUAUGAACAAAACAAAUUUAAGGAAAUGGUUCAACAAGUUAAAGACUCUGGUGCUAACUUGGUUAUUUGUCAAUGGGGUUUUGAUGAUGAAGCUAACCAUUUAUUAUUACAAAAUAAAUUACCUGCUGUCCGUUGGGUUGGUGGUCCAGAAAUAGAAUUAAUCGCCAUCGCAACUGAUGGUCGUAUUGUUCCACGUUUUGAAGAUUUGACUCCAGAAAAAUUAGGUAAAGCUGGUAAAGUUUAUGAAUUAGAAUUUGGUACUACAAAAGAUCGUAUGUUGGUUAUUGAAGAAUGUGCAAAUUCAAGAGCCGUGACAUGUUUCUUGAGAGGUUCAAAUAGAAUGAUUGUUGAUGAAGCUAAACGUGCUUUACAUGAUUCUUUAUGUGUUGUUCGUAACUUGGUGCGUGAUAGCAGAGUUGUCUAUGGUGGUGGUUCUGCUGAAAUUACAAGUUCUUUAGCUGUUAGUGAAGCUGCUGAUAAACAAAAAGGUAUUGAUCAAUAUGCAUUCAGAGCUUUUGCCAGUGCUCUAGAUAUAAUCCCAAUGACUUUAGCUGAAAACUCAGGUUUAGACCCAAUUGAAACUUUAACAAAUAUCAAAUCUCGUCAUGUUAAAGAACAAAACUCCCAUCUUGGUGUUGACUGUUUAGGUAAAGGCUCAAACGAUAUGAAGGAAUUAUUUGUUGUUGAUCCAUUAAUUGGUAAAAAACAACAGUUAUUAUUAGCUACACAAUUGACUAGAAUGAUUUUGAAAAUUAAUGAUGUUAUUAUCAGUGGUAAGGAUGAAUAUUAG